AUGGCAAUUAAUUUCGGAAAGUUCUUCUUCCACAACUUUCUGCCGAACCGUAAUACGUCAGAGCAAGCAGAGAAUCGCGACACUGCUGCCAGCAGUUCAGACAAUGACUACGAGGACGACGAGUACACCGAGCAGGCGCAUGCAAAUUCCGGUUUCGUGUUGGAUAGCCAGGACGACAAACUGACCCAGGUGUUGGAAUCCCUGCGUCGGGUUAUUUCUAUUCACAAGGCCCAGCAACAACAGCAGCAGCAUCAGGAUCAGCUGAAGGCGUUGGCUGAGCAUCCGCCCUCCAGAACCACGGAAGGGGCUCAUUCAGGCGACGCAGAAAGUUCGAUCUCAGAAACUGAACGGCUUCAACUGCAUGAGUACCAGCGGUUUCCUCCCAGGAAGACAGGCUUGCAUGGUAAUCGUCGUUUUUCGGCCGCUGCGGUCCUCGGCCCCCGAAGUCACCAUCAUCAUCAAAGGAGUCUUGAUCUGGGGCCUACUCUGUUUGGAAAACAGUCGUUUAAGGCAACCGAAAGGCUGUCACGCAAACCUGAGAAGGUGAGUAGAAAUGCCGUUUUUGCAUAUGUCCUGUAG